AUGAUCAAUCCUGAGCGAACCUUCCUCUCUUGCCUUCUCGAUUCCAGCCGGUCAUCAGCCAGGGGUUGCCUCCACCGUAUCGUCUGCAACGAAAGCCAGUCUCAAUCCCAACAUGUGUUCCUGGCGAGUCAACUCAGAGUCAGCCGGCGUAGCCAGGGUUUGUUUCUCCUGACUCUUGAAUCGCAAUUCUCUCUUCCCCCCCCCCCGGAUGUCGUGCAUAGUCAACCCUUGAACUGCCGUCACUUGUCUAAAGACCUGCUAGAGACUGCAUAG